AUUCAUACUCACGAAUCCUAUAAGCCUACCUAUUCACUUCCAGCAGAUUGCGUCAUUUCAGUACUUUCCUACUGAUAUCCGUAGACACUAGAUGCGAGUAGCCUCAGCUAGCCCAGUUGUCAUUGUCUUCGAAACUUGGAGCUCAUUCUGGUCCAACCAGCCCUCGUUUGCCUCAACCAUCACCUCCUACUUCUUUUUAAAGACAUUGUUUCCAUUACUCUCUCACUCUUUCAACUCGCGGAUGCUUCUUGCCGAUCAACACGAUCAUGGCGAUAGAUACUCCAGUCAGACAAGAUGGCCUACCCGAUUCAACCUCACCCAAUCUUCACCUCAGCCACCCCACCCGAGAGGAACGCCACAAGAUCUGGACCAGCAACUCAGUCUACUGGAAGGACUCACUAUCGGUGCCGGUCUACCUCAGAGAGUCGGAGUACCUGACGACCGUCGCUCUGGCAAAAGACAACGGACUGACGUUCUGGAUCCUCGUGGACAAGAACCUCGCGCCCAAUCAGCGGCCGAUUCUUUCGUCAUGCGAGACGCUGCGCAAGCGCUCGCUGACCAGCGACGCGGAGGACAAUGUCGAAGACACCAUCGUGCACAGCAUCUCCGGCGUCUUCUGCUUCCCCGAGUACCGCCGGCGGGGCUACGCGGCGCGUCUGAUGCGAGAAAUGGCGACGGCGCUUCACGGCUGGCAGACCGGGACGCUCAGAUGCGUGGGCAGCAUUCUGUACAGCGACAUAGGAAAGACAUAUUACGCGAGCCUGGGCUGGGGUCCCAACCGCAGCAACACGCACGUCGUGUUCGCGCCAACGGAGGAGGAUGCGCAACCCGUCCGCGACGCGGGACAGCCGGCGUGGGAUUUGGUCGAGCUCUGCGGGAGAGACGAAGCGCUGAUUCGGAAGGCGAUGGCGGCGCCGGCGGACGCCCAGGAGCGCGUAACUGUCAUCCCGGACCUCGACCACAUGCUCUGGCACAUUGCGCGAGAGGCCUUCACCACCAGGUUGAUCUUCGGCCAGGUCCCGCGUCGGAAGGGCGCGAUUGCUGGGGCGCCGGGAAGGCAGGUCUGGGCGAUUUGGACGCAUCGCUAUUGCGGAUAUCCGGCUGCGAAAGCGUCGAACAACGUCCUUCACAUUCUGCGACUUGUCAUUGAAAACGAAACCGCAAGCAAGACUCUCACUGCUGCGGAGAAGGAGCAACAUGCAGCGAUCCGUGAGGAGCAGGCUGGUUAUCUGGAAGCCGUGCUUCAGAGUGCUCGGGCGGAGGCUAGCCAAUGGAGACUUGAUCGCGUCGAGAUGUGGGUCCGUGACAUGGUGGUGCAGACUGGACUUGAGCAUUGCUUUGUUGAGCGGGAAAAGGAAAACAUUGCCAGCGGACUUUGGUAUGACGAGAACGGCGGAGCGGGACCGGCGCCGGAAUGGCUCAACAACGAAUACUAUUCCUGGUGUUAG